AAUAAAAAGGGGCUUUUACCUGAACUACCUGCAAUAGCUACUAUUACAGUAUAAAGUGUUUUGUUUGAGAAGAAAUGGCAAAAAAAGGUGAUAUUGUGGCAGAAUUUCUUGGUCAGAAUUCCCAUUUGGAGCAGUGGUUAGAGUCACUUGCAGGAGAAUGUGAGACAGAAAAGCAGUGGAGAGCCAGAAAAGAAUUUAUUCUACGAAACAUGGAGAGCUUUCCAAACAUCCAGCCUGGGAACUCGAGCCGUAGUCUGGAUCAAUUGUUGUCACUUUCCAUGGUUUGGUCCAACCAUGUUUUUCUUGGUUGUAGAUAUCCCCAGCAAGUGAUGGAUAAGAUAACAGGGAUGGCUGAAGGAAUUAUUGUGAAUGACAUUCCACUCCGUAAGACUCGAGAUGAAAUUAUAGGCAAGGGAAUAAGAAAGAACAGCUCAGAUCUGAAAAUCGCAUCCUCUCAAGUAAAGUUAAACAGCAGAGGCCAAGACUCAAGCAGAAAUGGGAGUGGAACUUCAAAAUCUCAAGGAAGUCACCCAGAUACCCAGCAUGCACAUAAAGAUAAAUCUCUGAAAAAUGUGCGAAGCAGUAGUAAUGAAGGUUCACAUGUUGCUAUGAAAUGUGGGCCUUCCCCUCAGGCUCCCAAAGAAUAUCAGGCUUUUUUCAAUCGGCUUUACAAGGCUGUAGCAUGGAAGCUGGUGUCAGCUGGGGGAUUUGGACCAAAUCUGGACUAUUUUGCCAUUUUGCAAGCUUGUGUGGAGUCAUCAAAAUCCAGCUUAACCUGUAUAUUUGUGCCACUUAAAGAAAUUCCAGACCUGCCUUCUACUCACUCUCAGCAGGAGGGCCUUGUUUGUGAGCUAAGGUGUCGGACAGUAUAUUUGGGUACAGGCUAUGGUCGUGGCGAGGACAGUGCCAAAGCUAUGGCAGCACGAGAGGCUCUAAAAGUGUUCCAAGGUCGCAAAGUGACAGUGAAAAUAUGCAAACGUAAAUACCAUGGCCAGGAUGUGGAAGACUUGAUUUUGCAGGAUGACCAGCUAAGAAACUCUGGACUCCCUCCUGCUCUUAGUUAUCCUUUUGAAUCAGAACACCAAGAUUUAGGAAACAUCAACCUCUAGUUCUCUCUUUGGAAGUACUGACAUCUGUGCAGCACUGAAAGUAACCUGUCAGUUGUGAUUCUGAACAAAGUAACCAGGGUACCCCAUAUAUUCAUGCUUUAUUUUCACUAACUUUUUAUUUAACUAUAUCUUUAUUCUUGCAGCCUUUAAAAUAAAUUAGUAUUACCAUGCUAAGUUAAAGUCACAGAAAGCAAAUUCUCAUAAACCCAAGUUAAUUUUCUUGUUAACAAGAGUAACUUUGCUAAGUCACUUUAAGUUUGUAUUGAAAAAACAUCAUUAAGGCCAUGUGUUUUGUCAUCUAAAGAACUUGGAAAGCUGUUCCUUAAUGACUGGUUUUUAUCUACACAGAAAACAGUAUGUACAAGUGUUGGAAACAAAAAUGCUUUAACUCUGUUGGGUCAAGGAUACUGUAGAAAAUCAUCUGUCUCUCUUUCUUUAUUUAUGACACUACUAUCAGCAUUGAUUUUACUUGUGAUGAUAAAUAAGCAUGUAAAACUGAUAGAAAAAAAAUAUUUAUUUUUAAGGUUAUAACUCUAAAAUAUUGACAGAAAAUGUCUGUAUUGGAAAGAAGUGUUUAUAAUGGAAAUGGUGUUAUAGAACCAUAGAUAAUUUAUAAAGAGCAGUCUCAUUAUAAUAGAAUUGGAGCUCUCAAAACUCAUCACAACUUUGGAAAUUCCAUAAUUACAGCUUAAGUAGGAAGUGUCAAAUAAUAAAAACUUGGCUGUCUGAUAUGUUUGAAUUUGGAAAUUCGCUCCAUUUUGUUAUAUAUAUAUGGGCUGAAAAAAAUGCACAGAAUAUGUUUAAUGCAGAUGUAAGAAAAUCAUAGUUAAGAUUAGAAAGGUAAAUAAAGUAGCAGACAGAACUGAUAAACAGUAUGCCUGAAAGCCUGAAAUUAAAUUCAGGGUUAAGUUAUAAAAGAAGCCCAUUGUACCAGCUGUUGUAAUAUAAAGGAUGCACUUUAGACUUUAGAAAUAGAUUCUAAGUGAACAUAGAGAGAGAGAUAAAAAUAAGACCUGUUAUAAACUGUUCUAGUCUGUUUAUUAAAUAAAAUUUAUGUUAGCCUGAUUAAGCACUAAAAACAAGUUGGCAAUUUAAUUUUUUUUGGUUUGUACACACUUGUUUUAACAAAAAGUGGUAAAUAUAUGCAAAUGUUUUUUCUUCAAUGUUGAAACACUUCAGAAGAAAAUUGUUCCAUUUGAUUAAACUAAUACUAGAUAGUAUAUUAUUUUCAUUGUUUUGUUACCUUUACAGUACUUUUUCGCUGCAAACAUUGUUUAAUGUUGAAUCUCUCUUCUUGUUGUAAACAUUUUGUUCAGUUUAACACUUAUCUGUUUGAUCAGUGUGUUGGAUUGUACGCUUUUUGAUCAUGCCAGCAAGAUUUUAAAUUGGUUUUCUUGUAGAUGUGGACUUUUUGUAUAUCUUUGCAUUGUCUUCUCAGGUAAAUCAAACAAAUCUUAUAACACACAAUUUGAGGGGUGCAAAUACACUUCUGAAGUUGAGAAUUGUAUACUGUUUAAGUUAGUGAAUCUGUCAUUGAUUCUGUGAUUUUUUUUUUUUUUGUAACCUCUGCAUUUUCAGCACUGUAUUGUUGUGGUUUAAGUCCGAUAUACAUUUUCACUGUAAAGGACUCUUCAGAUUUUUCGACGUUAUGAAGGUCCAGUUAAAAUUGUCUGUUAAAGAGAAUAAUGUUAUAAUUAUUCACUGCAGUUAAUUAAGACUACAGUUGGAGAGAAUCAACCAUGUCCUGGAUUAGGUAAUCUCUUUACAUACCGUUAAAGGAAUCAAGAUGUUUGUUUUUUCUCUCUGUGUUAUAUUUGAGAAGAAGUUAUGUAUAGCAGAUAUGUGUAUUCUGUUUUCCAUAAUGGUAUUUACAAUGUAAGUUAAGAAUUUAAAAGAAUAGCAAAGUCUUUGAAACCCAUCUUGUUACAGUUUAGAAAGAAUGGUAACACCUUUGUCAAUGUCUGCCAGCACAGUUUGUUCAUAUAUUUUCCCAGGAACUAAUGCUUAUUAUUGGUAUGCCUUUAAUAUAAUGUUUUAUGUUCAUUCAUUAAUGAGAAAUAAACCAUUGACCCUCCAGUGUAA